UUGAGCUUGUCUCAUGUUUUACAAGUGUUCAGAGUUAUUUACUCGUUUGUCAUUCUCGUUUUAAUCUGCAUGUAGUGUAGGCGGUGAGGAUAUUGUUUGUUCUGAGGCUGUGAUUCGUUUUAAAUAUUUUAAAGUAAAAAUGCGACGAAGUGACGACAGAUCAAGAGAAUACCGGGACUCGAGGGAUUACCUCCCCGAGGAUAGAUUGAGAGAGCUGGAGAGAAAAAGAAGAGAAUGGAGAAUUGAGCAGGAGAAGCGACGAGAGCACGAAAAACGCAAACAGAAGAUGAUACAAGAGUGGGAGGCGAAGAGAGCCAGAGAGCUCGAAGGGAAGAACCAACGGAGAAGAUCAAAGUCACGAUCAAGAUCAGCGUCACCUGGACCCAGCAGACGACGUGGUAGAAGUAGAUCUGUAGAGAAAAAUAGCACUCGUGCCAGCACCAAAGUUCCUGUCAUGUCUGAGAGGUUCGAUUCCGCGUCGUCCUCUAAUACUCCACUGUUUAAGGGCAUGGAGGGAAGUAAAAUUAGUGUUAGUGAGCUUAAAAAGAUUAAAGUUAAUAUUCAACGAGAUAUUUCGAAAGCUGAAGAGACAUCUGAGUUGUUGAGGGACAUUACUAGCCCUGAUGAAAUCGUCCUCAAACGAAGAGAAGGUAAAAGAAGUUUGAUUGUGUUCUUAUCUAUUCGUCGAUUGAUCACAGUUUGGGGUAUUUGAUGGUGGAAAGUAGCUACAGAUAAGAUACAAAUUGUUGUGCUAUUGAUUUCGAAAUUUGGGAAAAUGGGAAAGAGAAAAAUGGGACGAAUUUUACUGGGGUUUUGUGGAAUAUUCGGCAGUGAAGACUUCAUGAAGAUCCUGUGCUGAACAGAUGCUGAAUUGAUUGGACAAUUUUCAAUUUUCGUCGCAGAAACAAUUUUGUGCAGAUUUAAUCUUCAUUUUGUAUUUUUUUUCGUAUAUUUCCUGCGUGUAUUGAGACGCAAACAAUUGAAUAAUAUAGUUAUCAAUCGGAUGUUCAGGAUUACUUUUUUAUUAUUUAUGGGAAAUGAGCGACUUGAAGAUUGUGGAGAUUUCGUCUGCUAAAUUCAUCGGAAGAUAUUCAGGUUUCACCGGAAUAAACCUAUCGAUUUGCAGAGUGUAGAAUUAAUUUCAAUUAAUUUGAGAAUCGUGUAUUAUUCGGUAAUUAAUUUAGACAAAAAAUUACUUAUCAAAUUUUAUUUUCAAUUCAUUCAGUUUGAUUGUGUUUCUAUCUAUUCGUCGAUUGAUCAGAGUUUGGAGUAUUUGAUGGUGGAAAGUAGCUACAGAUAAGAUACAAAUUGUUGUGCUAUUGAUUUCGAAAUUUGGGAAAAUGGGAAAGAGAAAAAUGGGACGAAUUUUACUGGGGUUUUGUGGAAUAUUCGGCAGUGAAGACUUCAUGAAGAUCCUGUGCUGAACAGAUGCUGAAUUGAUUGGACAAUUUUCAAUUUUCGUCGCAGAAACAAUUUUGUGCAGAUUUAAUCUUCAUUUUGUAUUUUUUUUCGUAUAUUUCCUGCGUGUAUUGAGACGCAAACAAUUGAAUAAUAUAGUUAUCAAUCGGAUGUUCAGGAUUACUUUUUUAUUAUUUAUGGGAAAUGAGCGACUUGA